AUGGACACCAAAGACCCCAAGGAAUCUGUCCAGCACAAGGAGUCUGUGCUGGACAAACUCUCCUCCGAAGGCCGACUUCCACUAGAGGAGCUUGACUCAAUAGAACAAACCGAAACUGGCAAGUUCUCGUGGCUGGUGUCUAUCACUGCGGCCAUCGGAGGCAUGCUCUUUGGUUAUGACACCGGCAUCAUCUCUGCUGUAUUGGUGUACAUUAGUCAAGAUCUUGGACACACCCUUAGCUCAUCCGAGAAAGAGCUUAUCACCUCGAUCACCUCCGGCGGGGCCUUCAUCGGUGCCAUUUUUGCUGGAGCCACGGCGGAUCACUUCGGACGAAAGAUUGCCAUCUAUGUUGGCUGCUUCUUGUUCACCGCCGGGGCCAUCCUCCAAGCCGCAUCGUUCUCCCUGGCAGUUAUGACAGUGGGCCGCCUUGUAGUCGGCUUCGGCGUUGGCUCUGCAGCUAUGAUCAUCCCCAUGUACAUUGCAGAGUUAUCUCCGGCCAAAUACAGGGGCCGCAUGAUUGGUCUCGACAACAUGUGCAUCACGGGUGGACAGCUAGUAAGCUAUGGCGUCGGUGCUGGCUUUGCGCACGUACAGGGCGGGUGGCGGUACAUGGUUGGGGGAGGCGUGAUUCCAGCCAUAAUCCUUGCCUGUUUGCUGCCUUUCUGCCCAGAGUCUCCCAGACAGCUCAUCUAUCACGGUAAGUCUGAGGAGGCCGAGAAAGUCAUUCGAAAAAUCUUCCCGAACGGGACGGAAGAGCAGGUCCAGAUGAAGGUUCGACACAUCACAUUCCACGUCGAGGAAGCGAAGAAUAUGAACGCCGGCAAGUCACAGUGGUGGGUGCUCAAGCAGCUGUACGUGAUUCCCGCAAACCUUCGCGCCUUGAUCUCGGCCUGUGGUUUGAUGGCCAUCAGCCAACUAAGCGGCUUCAACUCCCUUAUGUAUUAUUCCCCGCUCAUCUUCUCUCUUGUGGGAUUCGACAACCCCGUUGCCGUCGGAACCAUCAUCGCUGGAACCAACUUUAUCUUCACUGUUGUCAAUCUUUUGCUCGUUGACAGAGUCGGCCGGAGGAGAAUUUUGCUCUGCACGGUGCAGUUCAUGGGGCUAUUCUUGAUCGUUGCGGCGGUGGCUUUCAAAUGGAUUCCGAUCAAUCACGACUUAUCCCUCGGAGAAGGAGCCACGGUGGGGCCACCGGCUAUCAUUGUCCUCGUGAGCAUGGUGUUCUUUGUCGGCUUCUACUCGUCGGGUAUCGGAAACACGGCGUGGCUAAGCAGUGAGUUCUUCCCGAUGGAGGUGCGUGCCAUGGGCACGAUGAUGCUUACAAUGUCCUGCUGGGGCUCCAACAUCAUUGUGGCAUCCACGUUCUUAACGCAAAUGGAGAACACGACGCCCUCGGGUGCGUUUGGGUUCUAUGCAGCUAUCUGCGUGCUCGGAUGGGUCUCCAUUUACUUCUGCUACCCCGAGGUGAAGAACAUGACGCUCGAGGACAUCCGCGAGGUCUUCAACCACGGGUUCGGUGUGAAGCGCGCGAGACAGCUGCAGAGGCAGAUGAAGGCCGACAGAGAGAUGGGAUUGGUUUCGACUGAAGAUGUCAAGGUGUAG